AUGGGAAAACACAAAAGAGUCGUUGGAUCGAUUCCGGUGAUAAGAAAUCCAAAAUUGAUAUCAGUCAUAAAAAACAGUGAAUCCAUAGUGAUCGACGCCGCUACCUCGCAAGCCCAGCUGGCAAUGAAGCUCACGGAGUGGGAAGAGCUUUCCAUUGAAAACGAAGCCGAUCAUGAAACAGGAUCUGAAAGCACCGAUUUAAUGACAUUCUCGCCGCUUCUUCUAAUGGUAACUGCAAGAUCAGAUCCAACCAAACUAAUAUUUCCCAAAGGCGGUCUACACAAGCGAGAAGAUGCCAUUGCAGGCGCUUUACGCGAAACAUGGGAAGAGGCGGGAGUGACCGGAAUUUGCUCCACAGCCAUCUUGGAGCCAAGUGAACACGGCGGCGACACUAAAUUUUGGUGUUUCGAAAUGGAUGUAGCCAAAAUCCACAAAUCUUGGCCUGAAAGGGACCAGAGAAGACGAGUCUGGCUUGACACGACAAAUUUGGACUCUUCCUCUAUAAAGAAGCUACACACCAAAAGCUUUUCCAGAAGAGUAUUAAAACUUUGGCUCAAAAGGGAAAAGAAGAAGCGCAACCAAGGCUCCAGUCCAUAG